GUCACCACACCAAAUAAUUUUGAGUACCUCCCAUCAAUCGACUACGGACUAACAAAAGGAAGAACUUGAUUCUCGUCAUAUUUUGCUCUUCUGAACUGAGUAUCCCUGAAAUCCAGCUUUCUGAACGCGCAGAUGCAGGGUGAGAGGCACCCCCGGAAAACUGGAAGGGAAAGUGCUACAAGUUAAAACAGUCUUCGUGGCAGCAGAGACGAUCGCUACCGCGGCCAUGGCAGAUCUGGGGGUCCGGGGCGGGAGUUCUUCCGUGAUAUCCGCGGGGCACCCGAGUUCACGCUGGCGACAGUCGAAAGUCCUCCCAGCGUAGUGCUCCACCACUAGCCGCACCCCGCCGAGCUCUGACCUCCAAAGAGGGUCCGUUUGGCAAUCCCGCCCCUUUGUCUGAUGUUUGUGCCUUUGAUUGGCUCUUAUGUGAAUCCCUCAGCGUGGCUCGCCCAAUGAAGGUCUCGGCAGGUGGCCCGACCGCUCCGCCCCUUCCCUACCCCUCGCGGAGGGCCCGCCCCCUGCCCCGCGCCGGCGAGCGGAGGAGAGUAAAUACAACAGGAGCGCAAGAUGGCGGAACCGCCGAGCCCCGUUCACGGUGUAGCUGCCGCCGCCCCCACCGCCACCGUCUCGGAGAAAGAACCGUUCGGCAAGCUGCAGCCCUCCUCCCGGGACCAUCCGGGUCCUCUGUCCACCAAGAAGGUCCGGACUGAGGAGAAGAAGGCACCGCGGAGAGUCAACGGAGAAGGGGGCAGCGGCGGGAACAGCAGGCAGCUGCAGCCGCCGGCUACACCUUCGCCUCAGAGCUAUGGCAGCCCAGCGUCUUGGAGCUUUGCCGCUCUGUCUGCUGCUCCCUCCCCAUCCUCUUCUCGGAGCAGUUUCUCUUUCUCCGCUGGCACGGCGGUUCCCUCAGCCUCCGCUUCCUUGUCUCAGCCGGUGCCGCGCAAACUGCUGGUCCCUCCUACGCUGCUGCACGCUCAGCCUCACCAUCUCCUCCUGCCCGCCGCCGCCGCCUCGGCCAACGCCAAGUCGCGCAGACCUAAGGAGAAGCGGGAGAAAGAGAAGAGGAGGCACGGGCUCGGCGGGGUCGGAGAGGCCGGCGGGACAGCCCGGGAGGAGAACGGGGAGGUGAAGCCGCUGCCGCGAGAUAAAAUCAAAGACAAAAUUAAAGAGAGAGACAAAGAAAAAGAGAGAGAGAAAAAGAAACAUAAAGUAAUGAAUGAGAUCAAGAAAGAGAAUGGAGAAGUAAAGAUUUUGCUGAAAAGUGGGAAGGAGAAACCAAAAACAAAUAUAGAAGACUUACAAAUUAAAAAGGUAAAGAAGAAAAAGAAAAAGAAACACAAAGAGAAUGAAAAACGGAAGCGUCCAAAAAUGUAUAGCAAAUCUAUUCAGACCAUCUGUUCAGGAUUGCUAAUUGAUGUUGAAGAUCAAGAAGCCAAAGGCAUUCUAAAUGAUAACAUGAAAGAUUACAUUGGAAAGAAUUUGGAUACCAAGAACUAUGAUUCCAAAAUUCCAGAGAACAGCGAGUUUCCAUUUGUCUCAUUAAAGGAGCCACGAGUUCAGAAUAACCUCAAAAGGUUGGACACUUUGGAAUUUAAACAACUCAUUCAUAUAGAGCACCAGCCUAAUGGAGGUGCAUCAGUCAUUCAUGCCUACAGUAACGAACUAGCUCAUCUGUCUCCUAUGGAGAUGGAGAGGUUUGCAGAAGAGUUUGUGGGUCUAGUGUUCAGUGAAAAUGAAAACUCUGCAGCUUUCUAUGUGAUGGGUAUUGUUCAUGGGGCAGCUACUUAUUUACCUGACUUUUUAGACUAUUUUUCAUUUAAUUUUCCCAAUUCUCCAGUGAAAAUGGAGAUAUUGGGAAAGAAAGAUAUAGAGACAACGACUAUGUCCAAUUUUCAUGCUCAGGUAAAGAGAACGUAUUCUCAUGGUACUUACAGAGCUGGCCCAAUGCGACAAAUAAGCUUGGUGGGAGCAGUUGAUGAAGAAGUAGGAGAUUACUUCCCUGAGUUCCUUGACAUGUUGGAAGAGUCACCAUUUUUAAAAUGUACACUGCCAUGGGGGACGCUAUCUAGUUUAAAGUUACAGAGUCGAAAAGAUAGUGAUGAUGGUCCCAUCAUGUGGGUUCGUCCAGGAGAACAAAUGAUCCCUGUGGCUGAUAUGCCAAAGUCACCUUUCAAAAGGAAAAGAACUACCAAUGAAAUAAAAAAUCUUCAGUACCUACCUCGAACAAGUGAGCCCCGUGAGAUGCUCUUUGAAGACAGGACAAGAGCUCAUGCAGAUCACAUAGGACAAGGUUUUGAACGACAGACUACAGCUGCUGUUGGAGUGCUGAAGGCUGUGCACUGUGGAGAGUGGCCUGAUCAACCCCGUAUAACCAAAGAUGUAAUUUGUUUUCAUGCUGAAGAUUUCUUAGAAGUGGUUCAACGAAUGCAGUUGGAUUUGCAUGAACCUCCACUGUCUCAGUGUGUCCAGUGGGUCGAUGAUGCAAAACUGAAUCAACUGAGGAGGGAAGGCAUUCGCUAUGCCAGGAUUCAGCUAUACGAUAAUGACAUUUAUUUUAUUCCAAGGAAUGUUGUUCAUCAGUUCAAGACAGUUUCAGCUGUAUGCAGUUUAGCAUGGCACAUUCGGCUCAAAUUAUAUCACUCAGAGGAGGACACUUCCCAGAAUAUAGCUACUCCUGAAACAGCCACAUCAUCAGAUUCCACAUCAUCUGUUCUUGGACCUCAUGCUGACAACAUUAUUUGUGCUGUGAGCAAAGCCUCCUUGGAUUCUGUUUUUUCAGAUAAACUUCAUUCUAAAUAUGAAUUACAGCAGAUUAAACAUGAACCUAUUGCAUCUGUAAGAAUCAAGGAAGAACCUGUGAUUGUUACUAUUCCUGAAAAGAGUAGAGCAGUGAAUAAUAUGGAUGGCAAGAAUGUUAAAGCAAAAUUGGAUCAUGUUCAAUUUACAGAAUUUAAGAUUGACAUGGAUUCUAAAUUUGAAAAUAGCAACAAAGAUUUAAAGGAAGAAUUGUGCCCUGGAAAUCUAAGUCUUGUUGAUACAAGGCCACACAGUUCAGCACAUUCAAAUCAAGAUAAAAAAGACGAUGACAUUUUGUGCUAAAUUUGCAUAUACCAUCUAAAAUCCUUUUAAAAAAAUAAUUAUGUAAUAAAGAUUCAUGAAUUCUGAAAGCAAGCCAAGGACUUGCUCCUAUGUCUGUUACAAAACGUAGUUUAUGUAGCUUUGUAACAUUCCUCAGUGCCUGUCCAUAACUGUGAAGUAUCAAGCACUUAGGGCCAGAUGCACUGUAAACAUUGCAGGUUUAAACAUAAAGGAGUCUUUAAAAAAAAUCAUUUACGUUGUAAUUUUAGGUUUUAGAAUAGCGCUGACAUUAACAUAUAUAUAUAUAAAUAUAUAUAUAUAUAUAUUUUGUAAUAUGAGCCAGAAUUCUUUUUCAGCAAUUUAAGGCUUUUCCAUAGAGCUUAUUUAUAUCCUUUUUUUUUUUUCCAUUUUAAAUGUGUCAGCACUGUAGUGUAAAUACCUUUUAAAAUAUCUUUUUAGUGUGAUUUAUACUGAAAUGUGAGCCACUUAAUAAAGGUUCAUAUUAAUAAAUAUGUUUUCUGUUGAGUCUGCAAAGACAAACUGACAAUUCAUUUAAGUCAUUUGAUACAUUAUGAUUCUCUGCUGGUAUAUCAAUUUAGCAUGGUAGUGGAGUGCAAAUGAAUGUAAUUCAAAUCUAGUAAAAUUUAAUCUAGUAAUAUUUAAAUUUAAUCUAGUAAAUAUUUAAAUUCUCUACACACUGCAGGCUUUUUUUUUUUUUUGAGACGGGGUCUCGCUCUGUCACCAGGCUGGAGUGCAGUGGUGCAAUCUCAGCUUACUGCAACCUCUGCCUCGCAGGUUCAAGCGAUUCUCCUGCCUCAGCCUCCUGAGUAGCUUGGACUACAGGUGCAUGCCACUACGCCCAGCUAUUAUUUGUAUUUUACGUAGAGACGGGGUUUCACCAUGUUGGCCAGGAUGUUCUCUAUCUCUUGACCUUGUGAUCCAUUAACCUUGGCUUCCCAAAGUGCUGGGAUUACAGGCGUGUGCCAUAGUGCCCAGCCUCUGCAGGCCUUUUUAACAACCAAGACUCAAGAAAAUGUGCUUCUGUGUGUGUGUGUGAGUGUAUAUAUGUAUAUCAUAUUUUGCAUAAUUUUCAUAAAAAUUGAUGAAUAUGUGAAAUUUCUUAGCCCUACUCCCUGGAAAUCAUUGAAAAAUUUUUAUAUCAAACUAUUAUUGAAAGCAGUUUAGGUGUAAUAGAAACAGUUUUAGAAAGUUGGGAGAAACAAGGUAUGUUAAUGAUAACAAAGUUAAUUAUGAAGUUAUGUGGCCAGAUUACAUAGCCUACCAUAUUUUCUUUGUUGUCUAUGGAAUGAUAAGUUUAGAGAAUUUUCUUACUAAUGAGUACCUUUACUAAUUAAUAGGUGAGUAUUAAAUCUUUAGUUACAGAAAGCUUAAUUGUGAGCAAUUAAUUUCCUUUUACAUUUUUCUUGCAGAGUGGGAGAAAAAUAUGGCAAAUACAAAAUUGUAAAAUGGCAAUGACAAUGACUCAACUGCCAUAAACAGAGAUAUAACUAACAAAAUACUUUGUGGUACCUCAUCUCUCUCAGGAUCCCCUUCCUACCUUAGCAAAGGCAAACAACUUGGAGUACUUCCUUUUCAAAAGAAGCUCUAAAAUUUAAUUAAGGUAGGAGACAGAUUGCCAGUGCCUAACUAAAGAUGAGUAAAACAAACCUCUUUAGUGAUAGUCUCACUAUUUGACACUGCUUCCACUAUUGUAAUUAAAAAACAGAGGUCUUUGAUGUAUGUGUUACUGUAAGAAACUCUGCUCAGUGCAAAUCUAUUUUAUUUUGUUUGUUUUUGGUAUUAUUCUGGCACAUACUUUGGUUGAUGACUUUCAGUUGGAGUUCUUGUGCUGCCAUUUGGGCUACUGUGGCUAUUUCCAUUUCUGGCCUAAUGUACCCAUCCAAACUGCUCAUAUUUCUGGUUAGCGAUAAGCCAUUUAGGAAGAAACAUUAUUUCACCAGAACAAAUAACAGUUAAUUGCAGCAAUGAUGUCAGUUCUGGCUUCUACUUUAAUAAAAGGAUAGGCAAAUAUCACAGGAAAUCUUCAUGGUUUUAGGAAAUGAGUGUUUGCAACAUAGGAAGUUUCAUGGGAUAGGGAAGGUAUAAAUCAAGAUACAGGUUUUGUUUAAUAUGUCAUUGUCUUUCCAUGCUCCCAACCUAUUUAAUGUUCUGUUUUAAGCUAAAUUUACAGAUUUGCACCUACCUUUUUGAGUGACAAAAGUUCUUAACAAACCAGUAUUGAGAAAUAAGAAGGGAUGUGGUUAAAAUGUUUUUCUGUUUGUUUCUUUUGAAAGUUGAGGAAUUAUAUAUUUAACAAAAGAUGUUUUACUUCCAGUUUUCCAGUAGCAUAUACAUGAUGCAUUGAGGUCAUACUGUGAGAAAAUGUCUUUGGGUAUCCCUCCAAAAUAUCAGCCUUAAACUUUUUAACUUAAAGGAAGGCAUAUCUAAAAACAACCAUAGUGGUUGCUUUUAAGUAUAUUUUCCUAUAUAACCUGUACUCAGACUUAUGUAUAAUUUGAAAAUUUAAUUGUUUUAAAAAUGCAUAUAUCUCUGAAGGUAAAGUAUAGAUCAGUGGGCUCAAGAUUUCCAGGUACAGCCUUGUUAUUGCCUUCAAUAAUGCUUACGUUCCUUGUCUCACGGGUUAUAAUUUUCAAAUCCUCUGAGAACUUAUUGACUACCUUUUCUAUUUUAAUAUCACAUUGUAGUAAUGAUUUUCUAGUUAGUAUAUUCCAGUUCUUUAUCUGAAUACAAGUUUUUUGUUUUUAUUUCCAGUUUCUUGGACCAGAACGAUAAAGUAAUUAAGACAUAGUUUCUAUAUGGUCAUAUACUAUAUAGAAUAAAGAAUUGUUAUAUAAAUUAUUAAAUGGAUAUACAGACCUUUACAUAAAAACUAAGGUACCUCAGUGGAAUCUGCUAUAGUGCUUCCCCCUCCCCAGCCCCCCGUUUUGUUUAUACCCUUUUAGCUAUCUAAGUAAUACAUAUUCUAUACUCAGGUUAGCUGGUUAGCUAGCAAAAGAAUUAAUAUUUGUAGUAUUUACUUGCAAACUUUAUUGAAGCCAUAUUCGUUAUCUUCCUUGUUACCAAGGCUGUUGACUUUAAAUAAAGAUUAAGUUGAUCUUGCACAACACUGUAUAUGUGUGUGUGCAUGUGCCUGUUCCUGUGUGUAAGUUUGUGGGAAAUAAUUAUUCAUUUUUAAUCCAUUCUGUAACUUUUCUGGAGGGGAGGUCAUUGAGGGUAGGGAAAAUUUUAUUUUCUGAGUUGUCAUUAAGGUAUUUUAUUAGUGUUUCUGAGUGUAAAACAGUUUUUUCCCAAAUACUUAUGGCAGGUAAGAGCAUUUUUGUAAAUAAUAAAUUAGCACCAUUUGGGUAAAUUUUCAGUUUUUUUUGGACAGGUUCAUUGUAAUGUAAAGCAAGUAUCUUAAAAUUCAUUUUACAUUUAGUAUAGGUGCAAAAUUUGUUUUUUGAGUUUGAGAGAUAUUUUCCUUGUCUUCCAUCUUUCAAUAAAUACUAAAAUUGAUAACCA